CCAACUGUUCUCCAGCCUCUUGGCUUUUAGGGGAAAAAAGUCUGCCUUCUGAAGGACCCGGAUGAGGUAGGCCACACACAAGAUGGCUACUAAGCCAAUCCCGGAAGUAAAGAUAGACCUCUCAACUGUUUCCUUCUCCCCCCGAAAGUCGCAAGCUUGAGGAAGUUAUCCUCCUCGUCAUGGCAAUGUCAUUGCUGGGCGACAGCAAGGCGACAAGGCGUCCUGUGAGUGAGACGAGCACCUCCAGGAGCGGGCCGUUCAGUCUUAUAACGUCAUGGCGGAGGUAGAGGACGGCCCUGACCAGGCAGGAGCAUCUACCAUGACGACGACGAUGACCCCGGCGCCCUCUUUUGCCCCCUGCGUCGAGGUACCUUCGUUCGAGGCUGCCCAAGCCCUGAUGGAGAGCCACUACUCCUGCCUGGUGGCGACCGGGCACAGGAGGCACAUCGCGCUGCCACCGCGUUUCCUCUGUCGCAAGAGGACGGGGAUUCGCGCGCAGCUAGACGCCGAGCUGCGCCGCUUCUCGGAGAGCUUUCAAGGUGUUCCUGUGGCUUAUGAUGAUAUUAAAAUAACAAAUGAACUGGGAGAUAUAAUUGAUGACAUUGGAGCUGUCCAUCUGGAUGUUGAAGCAAAUUUUGUCAUCUUUCAGCCUAAACCAGGGAAAAAACUUGUGGGUACGAUCAAUAAAAUUGCACCUAGCCACAUAGGCUGUCUCGUACAUGGAUGUUUCAAUGCUUCCAUCCCAAAACCUGAUUACAUGUCAGCCGAUGAAUGGAAAAACCUUGGCUUCCAAAUAGGCAAUAGACUGAUAUUUAAAGUGUUGUGUUUUGAUUCAGAUUCUGCUGGAGUAUUCUGCAUCCGAGGAAAACUGUGUAGAAAGAGCACUGGAAAAGAGUUACCAAAGGAAAAGCACAAGAAAAAACAUGACAAUCCGUGUGAUACGCAGAAUAGCACAGAGGAGAUGGAGCUUGACAUAGCAACAACUGGGGUUGAAGAGAUGCAAAAUAAUUACAUUGAUAAUGGAAUAUAUGAUAUGCCAGAGAACGUGGAUGGACAAGAAAGAGCAGACUUGGGACUGCCUGCCAGUGACUCGAGUGGCUACUAUAGUGAUCACGGCAAAUCUAAGAAAAAGAGAAGAAAACUUAGCGAGGAAGAAAAUGGGCUCCCUGGAUUGUUAAAACCCAAAACUAAAAAGAACAGAAAGGAAUGAGUAUGGCUAAUACCCAAAGUGCCUUAAUUUGAACCUAGAACUCUUUCACCAGUUGUGUUUGAAGGAGGCUAGAUUAUAUAUACACGCAUGUGGGAAAGAUGAAUAAAUUAUAUGAUAAACAGUAUAAGAAAAGAGAACUUAAUAAUAUUUUGUACAGUUUUUAGCUGCCAAAUACUAUUACUUUGCUUUAUGAAAUCCAUUCUAAAAAAUCAAAUUCUUUAUUCUCAUGUUAUGAACUAUGAAUCUAUUCCACAAAAUUUUUGUUAACUGAUAUUUUUGAAGAAUAACUGUACACAUGUAUUUUCUUCUAUUAUGAGGUUUGGAGAGAGACAGCUGUUACCCUUUCUUACAAGUGAAACUAAUAUAAAUAGCAGGUAGAGCGAUUACUCUGUUAUAAAUUGGUGUGAUGCUUCCACUUGGGUUUGCAUAAACUGAAACACAGUGCUAAAUGAGAUGCCAGGACCGCCAUCCUUUCCAACUUUCUCAGGAAAUGUUUUUUUAAUUUUAAACAUCCAUAACCCAAAAAAUACUUAGAAGACAUGGCAAAUGCAAGAAACGGUUAUGCCUAUAUAAAAUGUUCUGAUACCAUAAAGUACCCAACUGCUUAGGAAGCUUGGGAAGUGAGAGUGUUCACUUUUCCCAUCUAGGGCCUGAAGUUGUUUCAGAGUUUAUUUCCUUUAAUAUUUUCUUCUGUCUUCUGGCACAGGCAUGGAUAAACUCUGGCCCUCAGAGGGUUUUCGACUCCCACCUCCCAUCGGCUUCAGCCAGCAUGGGCAGGGAGGAUGGGAACUAUAGUCCAGCAACAUCUAGAGCAGAUUCUCCUCUGUUUUGACAGGUCCUAGCUCAUGCAAUACACACCUCCUUUCAGAACUCUGGUCAUUAAUCAAUCUUCCUUCAGAAGUGACAAAGAAAGCACAGUUUUAGAGGACCUGCUUCCUGAUUGGCACCAGGUUGGAGGCUGUUGGAAACCAGCUUUGCCUUGUUACCAAAGUCUAGUCAAUACAUGGUGUAAAAAUACUUUGUAGAAUUUCAGAAAUGGCGUCAUGAUGAACUGUUUUGUCCUUGUUCUUAAAGUGAAAGAGAAAUCAUGGAUGUUCAGCAGAGAGGUUUCUCUAAUUUUUAUUUUUAAUAGACUAAAUCUCAUUUAAUUACAACUAGGAAUUGAUGUUUCAAGAACAGUGCUUUGAUGUGGUGAAUAAGGAUCUUUACAAGCAUACAUCAGUGAUGUAGCUUGAACCUUUUUUGUCCAGUUGUUUUAUUUAUCUAUCAUGGCAUCUUUACACUAUUCAGGGAAUAAAUGUACAUAUUAAUACCGUAUUUUAAAUUCCUGUAAUCUGCCCUGGGACCAACUGGUGAAAGGCUAAUAUAAUGCUUGCUUUUUAACUCUGGUAAUAAUUGGGUUUACAAUCCUAAAAUUAGGAAAACCGUAGCUCCUUUUUAAAAUUUAUUUUUACUGAUAGAAAGCUGAAACCGGUUUCAGUUUUACUUGGCAAAUUUCAUUUGAGAUACUAGCCUCCCAUGAGUGCUCUUCUCUGCAUUUAGUAUUGUUUGGGCCUACUGACAGCUGCUGUCUGCAAGAUGAACCCUCUAACUGCAGAUAAUUGGAGGGAUUCAAUAAAAAGAUACUGAAAUUGUUUUGGGAUAUUUUGGAAUAAGGAGGCCUGGAGAAAGCCUCUAUUUGAAAACUGCUGUAAGCGGGGUGGUGGUGGUGGUCUGUUUACAUUUAUGAAACAAUUGUUCUCUUGUGCAAUACGUACAAGUGACUCCUAGUAUUUAUUUUCUAAACAUAAAGCAAUUUUGUUGGAACAGCCACUAUACUAGCAGUAUAUCUUAAGGUCUGGGCAGCUGACACUUCACAUCAUUGUUUCCUGAGUACCUUAAUUGGGCACCCUGCACCCAGGGAGAGCUAGGAGCUUCAGAGUCCUGAGCUGCCCAGUUGAGAUGCUCUGCCUCACAUAUUUGGUGCUAUGUGACCCUAGUUGCCAGGUGGCACACAUCCAGGGCUGGGGGUUCCCUGAUGGUCACCAUGGAAUCUCUUAAGUGGUUUACAUAAAAAUACAACAAUGACAUUCCAUAACAUUUCAUAAAAACAACAAUUAGGGUGGCGAUAUUGCCUAUUUUACAAGAGAACAGUCCUCCAUGUCAGGGGUUCCCAAACUGGUCUGCGGUGUGUCCAUUAAAUGUUCAUACUGAGUUUUAACUAAUUGCUUUUAUUUUUGUAUUUUAUUGUAUUAUUUGAAUUCCAUGGAAUUCAGAUUGUAAUACAGUAAAAUACAAUAAAAGGAUUAAAAGCAGCAAUAAAAAUACAAUUAAAAACCAUACAGCAUCCAGCACAGCACAUUACAACUGCUACAACAGGCAGAAAAUCAUUAAGUGGUCUGUCAAGACCCUCAUUGAUUAGUGGUCCAUAGGGGGAAAUGUCUGGGAACCAGUGCUCUAUGAGAAGGUGUCCUCUGUUAUAGUUUGUUUAAAAAUUUAGAAAAAACGUCUAAGAAGGGAGAGCAGGGGACAUUGAAGUUGCCUAUCCGUAGUUAGCACCUGGGCAGCAGACUGAACAGGCACAUAAGUAACCUGGUCACAGACUUCUAUCAUGUAUUUCUCUUUAAAUUAAUAGUUAUUUCUAAAUGUGCAUUUAUUGGCAUCUUUUGCAAAUUGGUGUCUUUUUGAUGAUGUGUUCCCCCCAUCUUUUUUUUUUUUUUUUGCUACUUUAGAUUUGCAGUUCAAAGGUGGGGGGACACGAAAAUCUCAUUGGGUAUGUCUAGAAUUUGAGGCCCACCUAAGUUAGCUGUUUUCAUUCUGAUUAUCUUACACCUUCUGUAAACAGAGAAAAAUGAACUGUGAUUAAAAAUAAGCCUUGGGGAUGGCUGCUGUUUUUAUUUCUAUACUAUAUAACUAAAUGAUAGAUCUGAUGCUGGACAGAUGUGGGAAUUCCUCCAGAGAUUUGCCUGAUAUUUUCCACACCAGUCAACCACUUGAUCUCCAUCUUAACCUGUAGAUGUCACUUAAAAUCUGAGUAUAGAGAACACAAACACUGCUGUGAAGAGGUUCCACCUUAAGCUAAUUCAAGUCCAUCCUUAGGAAGAGGUGACUGCUUGAUGGACUUGGGCCCACAUUUUAAAAAAGCAGCUUCCAUUACUGCUUUCUAAGGAUGGAUACAAAUGCUUGGCAAUAUAUGUAUAUCAACUAUAAACCAGCUUGGACUGGAACCUAAACGAUGUACUGUGGGUUAAAAAGAUUUAGUGAAGUAUGGUUUUCAAAGCAUAAUAGAAUUAGGAGUUCAGUGGAAGUAUACUAAAAAGUAAUGUUGCUGAAAUGUGUUGUUACUUGGUUCUUAAUACAAAUUUGUCCAGCUUGUGAUGCUCAGCUAUAUUACAAACAACAGCAGUUCCCUGCAAAAGGCUUCUCCAGCUUGGAAUGUAAAAUGAGAUUCUCACAGUAGUCAACCAAAUGCUUACAAGAAGUCACAAGCAGGACCUGAGCGCAACAGUGGUCUCUACUUGCAGUUCCCAGCAAAUGGUAUUCAGUGGCAUACUGCCUCCAGUACUGAAGGUAGUAGCCAUCACAACUGGUAGCCAUUGAGAGUCUUGCCCUCCAUGAAUCUGUCUUAAAUCCCGUUUAAAGCUAUCCAUGUUGGCCAUCCAAGAUGCACUUCAACUUGAAGAGGAUGAUGGGCAUGAAGAGGCAAAGCUAAUGCACUCAUCCUUAUUCAGAGAUACUUGACCAAACAGCCUGGGGAGUUAGGAGGGCUGGUAGUUUCUCUUUAUAAGAAAUGUUUUCAAUUGUUUCUUGCAAAUGGCUUAUGUGGUGGUUUCUUGUAAGUGGUUUAGGUGGUCUAAAAUGCUUUCUUGUUCCUAGGUUGUUUUUUUUCCUUAGGAGUUCCACAUGAUUCCACUGACUGAAGCUGAGGACUACAGGGGUCUAAUGUCAUCACUGCAGAUGCUGUGAGAAAGCUGUCAAGCAGAUUCUCCCCCGAAAGCUCAUAAUUACUGAGGUGUUUCUGAAUCAAGCUAAAAUAAACUCACCCAUCACAAUUUAAAAAAUCCAUCACAAUUUAAAAAAUCCAUUGGAAGCCAUGUCUAUCAUGUGGCCAAUUAAUAAAAUAUGGCAACGUUUAUGUUUAUGCUGCCAGGACUGUGUAUAUG